AUGGCCAAUAUUAACAGUCUACGCAGGGCCUCGCCGACAGACGAUGAUGCGGAUCAAAUAGGUUUCGAUACCCCACGGUCCGGGAUCGCUACACCGCAGCCUGAUCUGAAAGACAAACGACUGCCUGGUAUUAUGAGCUACUUCGGCCAGGUUGGUUCCACCCCUUCAGCUUCGUUUUUUUCCUUCCGCCCCUUCUCCCAAGCAGGAGCCACUGAGAUACCGUGUCCUACCUCGCCUCAGGAAGAGAAAGAAUCAGAAAGAAAGAUGGAGCAGACACCUACUUUGGGCGGGGGCGCAAGUAAAGAUAGAGAGCUCGUGAUUUCGACUCCCCCACCACAUCAGAGAACAGAGUCUUUGGUAUCAGAACAACAUUUGCAGCCAGAUACUCCUUUCUUCCACUCCUAUCCUACUCCCCCAUGCUCGAAAACGCCCUCCGAGAGAGGACAAAAGUUGAGCGAUGCGAGUGCCGAUUCGGGUCGUGAAUGUUCAAUGUCUCUGCCGAAGCGGCCUUCUCCGAGUUUGACUAUGACGAGUUCUUCAGGCCGUUUAGCUCAAAAAAUUCGGAGAGCAACUCUAGCAUCACCCGUUACAAGCAUCGUUACCACUCACAGCGUCCCUAAGAGCUCCGCCCUCAACCCCAGCGGUUGUGAUGUUGCACCAACUACACUCUGUUCCCCUUCCGAGCCUGAACCCCCUAGUGGCGACCGCGUCACAUCUCUUUCUGAUCAACGCGACAUGGUAGACACAUUAAGAAAGCUAACACUUACUGCUUCGACAAAGAGCGGCCCGCCUACUCCUACGAGAGCGCUAUCCACGACUCACCCGUCUGCUGUCGAGGAUCGAUCGUUAUCACAGGCAAGCCGAAGCGGCACGGAUUCAAACGGUCGACAGAGCAACUCUACGUCCCGCAGCGGUGGCGUGCAAGCGCCAAUACAGAGGGGCAAGCUGACGAUUAAAAUCCGGGAAGGGCGUGGCCUACGGAAGAGCAGGGACCCAUAUGUCGUGGCAGUUUUCCAACGAAGUGAGCUCAUUUCACCGGGGCCGAGAACAUUUGAAGACGAGGAUGAACCAGCAGCCCCGACCUCGAGUAUUCAAAUGGGCGGUAUACCGAUUUCCCGACAGGGAAGCGACUCUGGUCGGCCAAUGGCCAUCCCAAUGAGGAGCCGACAGAGUAGCAAUACUAGCAUUUCGGACUACACUGCCUUCCGCAAUCGGACCCGAAAAUCCUUCACGAGUCCUAAGUGGGAUGCUGAGGCUGUUUUUGAUGUUGUCGAUUCGGAUAUGCUUGUCGAUAUAUCAGUCUACGAUCACGGCGCUACUGGCGAAGAAUUCCUUGGCCAUGUAGAUUUCCAAGCUAUCGCGCCUGGGACCGAUGAGCCCGUGCGGGGUUGGUUCUCCUUGACGGGUAACGCCGAUACAACUAUAGACAAAGAACCUACAGGCGAAAUAUACGUUGAAGCACUCUACCAGAGAACCGAAAAGAAACAUUAUGGACCAGAUGAUUUCCAGAUUCUACGCCUUAUUGGCAAGGGCACCUUUGGCCAGGUCUAUCAAGUGCGAAAGAAGGAUUCCAAUCGCAUUUACGCUAUGAAAGUGCUAUCGAAAAAGGUCAUUGUACAGAAGAAGGAAGUAGCACAUACCGUCGGAGAACGGAACAUUUUGGUUCGGACAGCCACAUCAGAAUCUCCGUUCAUUGUCGGGCUCAAGUUUUCUUUUCAAACACAAAAUGACCUUUUCUUGGUGACGGAUUACAUGUCAGGAGGCGAGCUCUUCUGGCAUCUGCAGAAAGAAGGUCGAUUUGAUGAAAAACGUGCCAAGUUCUACAUUGCUGAACUUAUUCUCGCUAUCCAGCACCUACAUCACAACGACAUUGUUUAUCGGGAUUUGAAACCCGAGAACAUUCUUCUCGACGCCAAUGGUCACAUAGCCUUAUGUGACUUUGGCCUGUCCAAGGCUAACUUGACCAAGAACGAUACGACAAACACAUUCUGCGGAACAACAGAAUACCUGGCCCCUGAGGUGCUUCUAGACGAGUCGGGGUAUACUAAAAUGGUGGACUUCUGGUCUCUCGGUGUCCUAGUUUUCGAAAUGUGCUGUGGGUGGAGUCCCUUUUAUGCUGAAGACACUCAGCAAAUGUACAAGAACAUCGCAUUUGGCAAGGUUCGCUUCCCGCGUGAUACCUUGUCCCAAGAAGGAAGGAAUUUCGUGAAAGGACUGCUCAAUCGAAACCCCAAGCACCGACUGGGCGCAAUCGAUGAUGCAGAGGAAUUAAAGCGCCACCCCUUCUUUGCUAAUGUUGAUUGGGAAUCUCUCUCGAAGAAACUCAUCACUCCUCCAUUCAAACCCAAGUUGAAGUCGGAGACAGAUGUGUCAUAUUUUGACCCUGAGUUUACCAACGCUCUCGCCACUAAUGGUUCGUUGAACGAGCGUGCACUGCAGCUAGCUGCUGGGUAUGCGGCGUCAACACCCUUGUCUCCGACCACUCAAGCUAACUUCAAGGGCUUCACAUUCGUUGAUGAGAGCGCCCUUGAAGAUAAUAUGAAGGACCGGUUUGAGGAUGCGGAGAUGAGUGACAAUGAUGCUCCGAGUGACACGGAUCAUCGAGAUAACGACUGGGAUGAUUUGGAAGACCUUGGGCUUAGUAAGGGGAACCGGAUGAGUGGUAUUGUCAAGAACGGCCAUCAGACGGACGAGCCUUUCCAGCAGUUCGAUCUGUAGUCGAGCCAUCUGUCCGCAAUUGUCAGGUUGAUAACUUACCUAGACAUGCAACUCCCCACUAGCAUACUGGUGGUGUUCUUCUUUCUUUUUCCUUCCUUUUCACUUCUAUUUUCAUCUUGCACGCGUAAGGAAAUUGUAUUCAAACCGGCAUCAUUGCA